ACCUGAUGGGAGAAGUUGUCAAGAAUAAGUCGUGAAGGACAGCAGAUGCCACCCCACUCCCUCUCCCCUCCCCUCCACCACUCAAGCCUACCAUCACAUACAGGCUUGCCAGCUAAAUGACCGCCAGAUAUGGUUGACAAUUGAGGCAUCGCCUGCUGCAGCACAGAACACCUGCCACCCUACCGUAUAAGCAGACAAUACAUGGCUGGUGAAAGCCAUACGGAUUUUACAUAAGUUAUUCUUGCAUUUGCAGAAUCAAUAUUUGGAGAAAAAAUGUGAUUUCGCCUUAUCUAAUUGUGUUUACGUGAAAAGGAUUUUAAAAAACGAGCAUUGAAAAAGACAACAUUAAAGUGGACACAGACACAGUUCAUUGUGUGUCUCGUCAAAAGUGUGAACAUUGUCUCACUAACAACAACAACAUCAUGCAAGACGAGGUUUGUGUUUGACCAGCGGUUUUGAAAGGACAAAAAGUUUUUUGCACAGUUUAAUUGGAUUUACUGCAUAAACAGUGUGAGUCAGCGUUGAAAAUAUACAAGAGCACGAUGAACAGAACGUUUUUCUUGUUUUGUGCUCAUUUCGUAUAUCUUGGAUGUCACGUGUUUAUUUCGGGAUUUAAUGUGGAUACCGAAUUGUCUGGCCUGAUUUCUGGCCCGAAUAACUCAUAUUUUGGAUACACAGUCGGAAUUAUACUGGUGAAUGAUGAGGCAAGGAUUAUAGUGGGAGCUCCCAGAUCUAAUCUUACAUCACAGCCGACAUGGACAGAGCCGGGUGCUGUAUACGCAUGUCAGCUCGACAAGCCAGCUGUCUGUCGUCAGCUUAACAUGGGGGAAACGGGAGAAGAGAAUGCCGAAGACGUCGCCCGGCAAGGGUUAGGCUCCAGCCUCGACGUGUGGACAAGUCGAUCUAGACAGUUCCAUAAAAUACUGGCCUGCGCACCGCUGUGGAAGAAUACAAAGUAUCAAAAACAAUACCUUGUUCAGGGUCGGUGUCAUGAGGUCGGGUACAGCGAUGACGUCACAUUUCAGAAGAUCUACCAUCCCCUGGAGUCUCGACGUAGUCGUGACGAGCAGGUGACGAGGGACAAUACCUACCUGAAAGGCAUGGGACAGGCUGGAAUCUCCGCGGAAUUCUUCAGGGAUAACUCAGCCUUGCUAGUUGGGGCCCCCGGACUGUUUAACUGGAGAGGUGGGGUGACCUUUAUCAAAAACAACAGCCAGCCCUACUACAGACCUUACUGGCUGGAAGAUGACUCUCAAAAUGAUGUGUAUGCAGGGUACAGCGUAGCUUCUGGUUCUUUUUUCUCGGACUAUACGGAUUAUUCUGUCACAGGAGUGCCUCGCUGGAACGGCGUGGGAAAGGUUAUAAUCUUUGACCAGACUUUCCAGCAAAUCGCAACGGAGCGGGUUGGCGAGCAGUUUGGAAGUUACUUUGGCGCAUCUCUGUGCGUCACGAACUUCAAUGGCGAUGCAUACGACGACUUACUGGUCGGAGCACCACUGUAUUCUGACGUCACCGAGGAAGGUCGCGUGUACUCCUACAUCAGUCGAGGUUUACCUCCGACCAUUGCUCAUGACCGAAUUUUGAAAGGACCUAACAAGUAUCGAUCUCGAUUUGGGACCGCCAUCAUGGGAAUAGGAGACAUCGACAAAGAUAACUACAACGACGUGGCUAUUGGAGCACCGUUCGCUGAUGACACGGGUGCGGUAUAUAUCUAUCAUGGGAGCUAUUCGGGUUUGUCUGAGGUGUACUCCCAGGAGAUCAGGGGACAAGCCGUUCACGAGAAACUGAAGGGAUUCGGCUGGGCUCUCUCCAAACCCCAGGACACCGACAAUAACGGUUAUCAAGAUUUCGCCGUCGGAUCUUUUCUGUCAGACAAAGUGGUUGUCCUGAAAACGAGGCCGGUUGCUACAGUACGCGCGUCAAUCAACCUCGAACGUGACGUCAUUAACUUGCUGGAACGCGAUUGUUACUACAAGGAUCGACCCCACGCCUGUAUUCACGUGGAUCUGACCUUCCUAUACACGGGACAGUACGCUCCCGAGGAGAUAGAGAUAGAGUACGAGUUUCUAGCAGAUACCCACCCUGAUGAUGAGUACGAAGUGGGCAGGGCACAGAUCCUUCCCACUGAUGGAGAACCAAGCUCGGCCAGCCCCGCCAUCCACAAGAAGCUCUACCUGUCCAAUGGCAUGGAGCAACGUCAGAAGUUCAGCAUCAUCAUUAAGCCGAAACUGGAUACAUUCACGGAUGUGGUGUUCGAGCUGAACUUCAGCAAAACUAACUAUUGCUCACCUGACCUAAAGCCGAACCAGUGUUCAGUAUUAAACCACAAAAUACCUCAAACAAUCACAGAAACGAUUUCAUUUCGUAAAGAGUGCGACUCCGACCGUGGAUGCAUCUCGGACUUGAAACUCCAGUCUACCGCUCCCGUAACCCUGUUGGUCGGUGCCACGCCCUUUCUUACCUUAAAGGUCAUCGUCACCAACAGAGGGGGUGCGGCUUACCUCUCCAUGGUAACGCUGCGUUGCCAGGGCGACAUAAAAGUGGCGGCUGUGGACACUAUUGAGGUGCCACGUGAUAACCCGGAAGGGAUUACAAAAAUCCGGUGUUCGUCGUCAAGGAAACUGCGGAGUGAGCGGGAGGCAGCCAUGACAGUUCUUGAGUGUAACGUUGGUAACCCGCUUAGAACCGGAAACAGAGUGAGUUUUCUGGUGAAACUUGACGUCCGGGAGAUUGAGCCAAGCGGCCCUUUCACCACCAUAGAAUUGGAGGCCACAACAAAGAGCGAAGAGAGGAAUUUCACUCUCCACGACAAUUUUAAUACGUUGAGAAUUUCCCUGCACAGAGAGGUGGAGCUGAAAACAACGGGGUUUUCACGGCCUGAACAGUUGACGUACCGCCAACAGAAGACAAAAUCGGAGCAGGAGGAGCCCUUACAACGCCUCCUGCAUCUUGAUCACCAAUUCAGCGUCGCGAACACUGGGCGAAGCAUAACGCCUUACGUCAACGUCAACGUCAGCGUUCCCAUCAGAACGAGGGACGGCAAACCGCUGUAUCAGAUUACUUCUGUUCAGAUCGUUCCAGCCAAUGGAAAUCCACGUGACAUUGCUGGCGGAUGUCAGACUUCUCAUAUACCGCCGUUCGAGGUUAUUAAUGCCACAGCUUCCUUGAUUGACCGAAGUGAGCGUCGAAGAAAACCGCGAGAUGUCGGCAAAAUGACCGACUUAUAUGUGAACUGCUCUUACGCCCUCUGUGUGACUGUCCCCUGUCAGCUGAGGAGGUUAAAGCCGGGAGCAGAGGCUAUCCUCACAGUGUUCGGUCGAAUCUACGAGGAUUCCAUCAUUAACCUUCAGGCAAACGGAAUAAUCAAGCUUCAGACGAUUGGUGCUAUUCAAAUUGAGCAGGAUGCAAUCAGCUCUGAAUCAAGCUUCGCACAGAAGACUGUGAUAGUGACCACUGAAAUAUAUCCGCAAGUUCUCGGGAGAUCUCGUCUGAACACGUGGAUUCUGGUGGUGUGUAUAGCGGGUGGAGUGAUAGUGCUAAUGUUUGUCUACCUUGGAUUAUGGAAGAUCGGCUUUUUCCGGAGAGCUAAACAAGAAGAGCUUCAAAGACUGAUCAGCCGAACGGACUCGACGCCUUCCGACAGCGGUCGAGGCACCAACUCGAACUCCACCGAUAACGAGACGGGAAUACCCGAAGACGUAAGCUCGGCAGCCGGUCACACAGAUUCGGAACCACCUGAAUCUCCCCGAUAUCCUGAUGACGUUGACUUUGACACGCUCUCGCGGUCUACGUCACGCGAAACGAAAAACUUUAUCUUUGAUCGGCCAGACAGAGCCUUUUCAAACUUGACUUAUGACGAAGCGACGAGAUUCGGCACUAGGGUUUAGGUGAAAACAUUUGCAAGAUUUACUGAGCUUCUUGGCACUGCCUGAUUUAGAAAUUUACAGUUCUUCUUUGUCGGUAAAAAUUGAAAAAAAGUCCUGAAUGACUGGGUCUAGCUUCAUUAAAUGGGAUCCAUAUACUCAUGCGAAAGUUUUAUUCUUCCUUGUCCUGUGAUAUUUAUCCACCAGGAGUACAGUUUGGCCUUGAAUUUUACGUUAAAACUUGAAUGAACUGUAUUACGCCAAAACGAGAUUGCAUU